AUGUCUCCAUCGCCAUCCAGUCCUUCCGCUGGCUGCUCCGUCUGGCACGCGGGAACCAAGGGGGGGCGGUGCAGCACGCCGGUGAAGCUGCAUUUGGAGGUGGACACCGGCAUCGGACGCACGGGUUUGAAAGGUGUCCUGGCAGCGGGUCACCUGGUGGCCAAUGCACCGUGGCUCCGGUUGGAGGGGCUCCAUACCAAGCUUUGCUGUAGCAACGACGCUUCUGCCACGGCCCGCUCCUUGCUUUACCUGAAAUCCCUGGAGCUCCGUCUGCGCGGUUUUCUCCGGGGCUUACGCGGCGGCAAACGCGCCGCAUUCCGCGUGCAUGUGGGUGGCGGUUUGGCGGCCAACCUGGGCGUGGCGGAAGCGUUGAAACACUUUCGCGGGUGGACAGUGCGGCUGGGAGAAGGCAUCUUCCAGGAACAGGAGAGUCUCAGCUGGCAUACGACCAUCUCUGCACUGCAGCUGCUCAAAGACUCCACGCUCCUCGGCUACUGCGAUGCCGGCACUGACUGUGGUGCGCGCCCGGUGGCGGCCGGGUGGGCGGCGGUGCUGCCGGUGGGUUUCGCGGAGUUCCGAGGGGAGGUGGUGUGGAGCUCAUCUGGGACAGAGAUGCGUGUGCUGAACUCGGGCGCCAGCACGACUGUAGUGCAACUGCCGUCCGAAGCGUUUGCACCAUCCACGGUGCCGGGCUUUCGCGUGGGCGACGUGGUGACGCUCUGCCGGCGCUGCCCGCAGCACGCGGUGCCCUGGGCCGUGCCACGGCGCCUGCGACCCACUGCGGCGCCUGCGACGCCUGAAGAGUGCUUUGCGCUGGCGUGGUGA